UUUUUUUUUCGAGCCCGACCUUUUUCUUUCCUCUAUUUUUUUUUUUUGUUUUUUUUUUGUUGUUGUUGUUGUCGAAAAAAAGAUAAUAGAUGUCGAAUAAACAACAAGAGGCUAUUGUGGACUUGUCGACUAUAUCCGACUUGGAUGAGAAAAGAAUUACGGAUAUCCUUAACUCUAGAUUCUCUAAUUAUAACAUUUAUACACAUAUCGGACCUUGUCAUCUUAUUGCCAUCAACCCCUUUAAACAACUGGCCCAAAACGAUACCCAGACCAGUGAAGACUAUGUCGCUUCUUACAAGGAAAUCUCUCCCGAAUCCCCCAUAAAACUCAACCCACAUGUAUUUGAGUUGACCAACCGUGCUUUUUUCCACAUGAGAAGAACCGGGAAUGAUCAAGCCGUUUUCCUAAAUGGCGAAUCCGGAAGUGGAAAAUCAGAAGUUCGUAAUCUAGUGAUUGAACAUUUAGUCGCUCUUAGCUCCAGUAAAAAGAGAUCUAAAGUCCAGGCACAAAUCAUCCAUGGCCAAAAAGUAUUAUCUGCUUUUGGUUCUGCCAAAACUGCUUACAACAAUCUUUCCGCAUCCCGUUUUGGUCUCUAUACCGAGAUCCAGUUUAACGAGCGCGGUCGUAUGUUGGGAGCUAAAAACCUUCACUAUUUUUUGGAAAAAUCUCGUCUCACCGCCAGUAAAUCAACAGAAGGCAAUUUCAAUAUCUUUUACUGGCUUUUGGCCGGAACUUCUCCCGACGAAAAACAAGUGUUACAGUUGAAAGAUGACCCAGCCUCUUACACCUAUCUGUCAAGGUACGGCCGACCUAUUUUGGGAGCAGAUAAAGACGAAUUUGAUCAACUGAAGGGUGUCAUGCGCUUAGCUGGUUUCAAAAGAGACCAUUUGAGUCGAAUCAUACAACUUUUGGCUGCUAUCCUUCAUUUGGGUAACAUCUCCUUUGACAAUAUUGCGGGUGUUGGUACCGGUGAAGGUGUCACCAUUAAAAAUGUGGAGGCACUGAACAUGGUGGCCGAUUUAUUAGGUGUGGAAGUAAGAGAACUCGAAUCCGUCUUGACUUUUAAAACAACAAAAAUUGGUAAAGAUGUCACCACCUUGAUUUUGGAUGCCGAGCAAGCCACUGCACAACGUGACGAAUUAGCCCAAACCUUAUAUUCACUUUUAUUUUCAUGGCUGGUUGAACGUAUUAAUGGAAAAACAUGUGUAGACCAAUUCAAUAGCUUUAUUGGUAUUCUGGAUUUCCCUGGAACACAAACAUCUGGAUUUGGAUCAGUCGGAUUUGACCAAUUUUGCAUCGAUUAUGCCAACGAACGCGUCUACAACUUUUUAUCCACUCGCAUGUUCAAAACGGGUAACGAUGAACUAUUAGCAGAUUUGAUUGAUGUACCUGAAGUUCCCUAUAACGAUACUUCUGCCUGUGUGGAACUCUUUGAGCGACAUUCACGAGGUAUCUGUGCCGUUUUCAACAAAAUGUCUGAAAAGACCACCAGCGGCAAACGUGUCUUUUCCGAUUCCAACGCAGUGGAAGCCAUUCUUAAAUACAAUGCCGAAAGUCCUGCUUUGGCUGUAAAGACAUCCAACACAGGUAUUAGACAAUUUGCCGUCAAUCACUUUGCAGGUGAAGUGACUUAUGAUACCACUGGUUUCAUCACCAAGAACAAUAAUCAACUUUUGGUGGAUUUUAUUUCCUUGUUUCGUGGUGGUCCCGAUAUGCCUGCUUCAUGGAAUUCAUUUACUCUGGAAUUAUUCUCUGAUGAGAACUUGGCAAUUGAUAGUCAUCCCUUGGGCGGUAUGGCUGAUCUUGUUGAAGCGCAACAAUCUGCGAAACCCACACGUAUGCCCUCCAUGCGUCAAAGUAAGCGAAAUUCAGCUGCUGUCGAAAAGAAGGAACGCGAUGAAACAACUGGGGCCAACACUGUGCUCUCCCAAAUUCAACACGCUCUGGACGAUUUAAUCAACUCGUUUUCGGAAGCAACUGUCUGGUCCGUCUUUUGUGUGCGUCCCAAUGCAACAGAAAGUUCAACUCAGUUCGAUAAACAGGUGGUUCAAUCACAGAUCAAGGCAUUUGAUUUAAAGAAUUUAGCUACCAGAAUGAAGCAAUUUUACUUGAUCUCUUGUACACAUGAAGACUUUUUGUCAAAGUAUGCCAUCAAGUUUAGUAAUAUGGGAUUGGAUCACAGUGGUACGCAGCAAGAACAAUGUGAAUCUGUAAAGGAGAUGCAUCAAUGGCUAGACGCCGACAUGGUUGUAGGCACAAGCAAGGUCUUUUUGAGUCAUGCGAGCUGGCACAUGCUGGAGGAACACUUAAAAUCAUUAGAAAAACAAGAUAUAAAAAGCAACAGUGUAAAGAAUGCUGCUGCAGCCGAAUCUAUUUUGGAUGCAGAAGACGGUAUGAAUAUCCAAACACGUGGUAUGGAUCAGCACAAUGAUGGUGGUAGAAUGUCCUAUCUCUCUGAAUUAAAUCCACCCAAGCAAAUGUUUAUGGGCAACGCUACCGAUUCCUACUAUGAGGGAAGUCAAUAUGGCGAUUCCAAAUACACAGGUUCACAAUAUGGUGAUACACGUACAGAAGGAACAUAUACACCUCCUGUGUUAUCUCCACCCGAAGACGAUAUCAAUGCGACAGAGGAACAACCUAGUUCAAUGACACCAGGACGUAAACGAUGGCUUGUCUUUGUAUGGGCCAUUACUUUUUGGGUACCUAGUUAUUUCUUGAUGAAAUGUGGACGUAUGAAACGUAAAGAUGUGCGAUUGGCAUGGCGUGAAAAAGUGGCGCUUUGUUUCAUCAUUACUUUUAUGUGUGCCUUUGUCAUUGGUUUCUUGGUCUUUUUUGGUGAUAUCAUCUGUCCCAAACAAAACGUCUAUUCUUUAAACGAACUGCAAAUAGGUGAUGGUAAAUCAGAAGGAUUCGUAGCGAUUCGUGGUGAAGUGUUUGAUUUAGGUGCCUUUGCCUACCAUCAUUACCCUGGUGUGGUCUCUUCUACUGCUGUGCUUAUGUAUAAAGGUCAAGAUGCUACCAAUAUGUUUCCUGUUCAGCCUUCCGAUCUUUGUGAAGGCGUAUCUCCUUAUGUAUCACUCGACUACACACAAAAUUUGACGGAUGUCAAUGCGCAAUACCAUGAUUUCAGAUAUGCCUCUGGUGAUUAUCGUCCCAACUGGUACUUUGACCAAAUGACCAUGCUCCGCAAGUCUUAUAAAAAGGGUAAUAUGGGUGUUGAAAGUAAGGCUUUGAAGGAUCAAGCCCAAGGCUCUUACACAUUAAAUGGAUCCAAGAUGAACCGUAUUUGGGCCGUGAUUGAUGACCAUGUCUAUGAUCUCACUACAUAUACCUUGGGUGGUCGUUAUCUUUCGAUUCCUGAAGGAGGAUCUGCGCCUACUGAAGCGGUGGACGUGAAUUUCCUGAAUCCAUAUGUAGUUGAACUCUUUCAAAAGAAUUCUGGUGGAGAUAUCUCUGAAGCAUUCCAUGCGCUCCAAUUGACCGACGCAGAAAAGAAUCGAGAAUUAGCCUGUAUCCGAAACUUGUAUUAUGCUGGUUUGGUGGAUAACCGUAAUUCUGUUAAAUGUCAAUUCUCUACCUACUUUUUGUUGGCUGUGACCAUUUGUCUUUGUUUGGUCAUCUUUGCCAAGUUUUGUGCUGCUUUACGUUUCGGUACGAACCGUAUGCCUGAAGAAUCGGAUAAAUUUGUUAUUUGUCAAGUCACUUGUUAUACCGAGGAUGAAGAGUCAUUGCGUAAAACCAUUGAUUCUUUGGGUACACUUCAUUAUGAUGAUAAGCGUAAAUUGAUUUUGGUGAUUUGUGAUGGUAUGAUUAUUGGUAGUGGUAAUGAUCGUCCCACGCCUCGUAUUGUAUUGGAUAUCUUUGGUGUUGACCCUUCUGUGGAUCCUGAGCCAGUUUCAUUCAUUUCGGUGGGUGAAGGUAUGAAGCAACAUAACCGAGCCAAGAUUUACUCUGGUUUAUACGUGGUCAAUGGUCAUGUUGUACCUUACCUUGUUGUUGCUAAAGUCGGAGCCCCCAACGAACGUCAAAAGCCUGGUAAUCGUGGUAAACGUGAUUCACAAUUAGUCUUGAUGCAGUUUUUGAACCGUCUUCAAUAUGAUGCCCCCAUGAACCCUAUGCAACUUGAAAUGUAUCAUCAAAUGAAGAACAUUAUUGGUAUUAGCCCCGAAAUGUAUGAUUAUGUCUUGAUGGUGGAUGCAGAUACUGAAGUAAUGCGUGAAGGGCUUACGCAUUUAGUGGCUAGUAUGGCUCACGAUGCCAAGAUUAUUGGUCUUUGUGGUGAAACGACGAUUGCGAAUGAAAAGGACAGUUGGGUGACGAUGAUUCAAGUGUACGAAUACUUUAUUUCUCAUCAUAUGAUCAAGUCCUUUGAAUCCUUGUUCUCUACUGUCAGUUGUUUGCCCGGUUGUUUCACCAUGUACCGUGUCCGUACGGUGGAUGGACAACGUCCCUUGUUUGUAGCUAAUGAGAUUAUUGCCGAUUAUACUAUUAACGUGGUUGACACUUUACACAAGAAGAAUUUGUUGUAUUUGGGUGAAGAUCGUUACUUGACUACGCUUUUGCUUAAACAUUUCCCCAAUUUCAAGACCAAGUUUAACCCGGAUGCCCAGUGUAAAACAAAUGCGCCUGAUACGUGGGAUGUUUUGAUUUCGCAACGUCGUCGAUGGAUCAAUUCCACCGUGCACAAUUUAAGUGAAUUGAUCUUUUUACCUAAAUUAUGUGGUUUCUGUUGUUUCUCUAUGAGAUUUGUGAUUAUGUUGGAUCUUUUCAGUACCAUGGUUCAACCCGCUUUAUUGGCCUAUUUAGGAUACUUGAUUUAUGCACUGACACAAGCCAAGGAUCAAAUUCCGUAUAUUACGAUUAUUACUUUAUGUUGUACUUAUGGUCUUCAAAUCUUGAUCUUUAUCAUCAACAAACGUUGGGAAUACAUUGCCUGGUUCUUUAUUUCUAUCUUGGCUUUACCCAUCUUUUCUUUCUGGAUCCCUGUUUACUCUUACUGGCAUUUCGAUGAUUUCUCUUGGGGUAAUACGCGUGUGGUAGUAGGUGAGAAGGGUAAGAAGAUGGCAGUGGCGGAUGAAGGUGAAUUUGAUCCCAAGACGAUUCCCUUAAUUUCUUGGUCUCAAUACGAACGCAUGUUAUCUAGUGAGAGUUAUAGUGAUGGUAUGUCUCAACGUAGUGGUAUGACUUCCUCACCUAUGCCUGGUAUGUCCCCCGGCCCUGGUGGUAUGCCUGCUUACUCUGUUAGUGGUGGUCAGUCCGUGUAUGGAGGCUACGGCGGUGGUGGUAAUCCAUACUCAGUCAAUGGCUCACAAUCUGUGUAUGGAGCCCCACAAUCUGUUGCGGGAGGAUAUGCACCAUCUAUGGGUGGUGGUGGAUAUGCACAGUCCAUAGGUGGUGGAUACUCUGUUGCUGGUGAUUCAUAUAACAAUGGACGCUCAAGUGCGUUUCAACCACAAUCUCGAUAUGGACCCACCAUGAUGAACGAUGCUUUGGGUGAUAAUAUGAGUGCCUCUAUGGUUCGUAGUUAUUACUCACAAAAUCAACAACAAAACCGAUAAAUUAUAAACACCUUGUAUAAAUAAUACCUUUCUUUUUCAAAAAAUUCAUGCCAAAUAAAAAAAAAAAAAAAUCAAAAUAAUAAAAAAGGGAGGAGUUUUUAAUUUUUUUUUUUUAUUUAUUUAUCUUCUUUCUUUAAUCUAUAAAAGCUCAUUAUGCAACCUGAAGAGAAUUCAACUGUGAAUGCACGA